GUAGAAUUGAAUUGCCUCAACACAUUCGUUCCUUAUAAGAUAUACACAGAAUAUUGUGCAAGUCCCUUGCUUGGGAAGCCUGAGUCGAACUCUUUUUUUCCGUCAGUCAAAUUUCCUCUGCAUCUUAUAGGACCCUCCGCCUCGUGGUGUUCGCUGUCAAAAAAAGGUCAAGGCCAGUAGUGGAUUUUCUGCGGCUGUUUGUCCGGUCUUCGAUUGACACUAUACCUGCAAGUAGAACAUCCUCAGACUCAAGAUGACGACCAUGGAUUGGCUUGUCGGUAAUAAAUAUCGCGUUGAAAGCAAGAUUGGAAGUGGUAGUUUUGGUGACAUUUAUAUUGGUUUCAACAUCAUUUCAGGAGAAGAAGUUGCUAUCAAGCUUGAAAGCGUCAAAGCAAAACACCCCAGGCUCAAACAUGAAGCUCACGUUUACAAGCAUCUGGUCGGUGGUGUUGGUAUCCCCUUCGUGCAUUGGUUUGGUACCGAAUAUGGCUACGACGUUAUGGUCAUCGAUCUCCUUGGUCCUAGCUUGGAGGAUCUAUUCAACUUUUGCAACCGCAAGUUCUCGUUGAAGACUGUUCUGCUUCUUGCCGAUCGGCUCAUUUCUCGUAUCGAAUAUAUUCACUCCAAGUCCUUCAUUCACCGUGACAUCAAGCCCGAAAACUUCCUUACUGGUAUUGGAAAGUGCGGCAACCAGGUCAAUGUCAUUGAUUUUGGUUUAGCUAAGCUAUACCGUGACCCCAGGACUCACUCCCACAUCUCUUACAGUGAGAACAAGAACUUGACCGGUACUGCUCGUUUCGCCAGUAUCAACACACACAUGGGUGUCGAGCAGUCUCGUCGUGAUGACAUGGAGUCUCUAGGUUAUAUGAUGCUUUACUUCUGCCGUGGCUCCCUCCCUUGGCAGGGACUGAAGGCUACUACUAAGAAGCAAAAGUACAAAAAGAUAAUGGAGAAGAAGAAGACCACCCCCAUUGAGGUCCUUUGCCGUGGCUUCCCCAACGAAUUCGUCAUCUACUUGUACUACGCCCGCUCCCUCGGGUUCGACGACAAGCCUGACUACUCCUACCUCCGCAAGAUCUUCCGCGACUUGUUCGUGCGUGAAUCCUUCCAAGACGAUUACGUCUUUGACUGGACCGUGUACAAGUAUCAGAAGAACGCCGCCAUAAUUGUUGAUGCCAACAACCCCAGGAAAAAUAAGGAGACUAAGGAACAGCAAUGUCGUGCUACACAAGCCGCUCCAACUCUUCCCAAUCAGGUAGCUGCUAGGAACAGGAUAUGA